GGAAUGUGAAUUCCUUCAUUACGGUGCUCAUACUAAUCACUGGGAAUACCAAACCAUUCCCAAUCCCCUUCACGUUUUACUCCUCGCAAUUCUCUUCCUUCCCAUUCCCAAUCACUCGAGGCCAGAAAAUGCCGGUGAAGGAAGAAGGGAAUUUGGAGGGAGGAGACUAAUAUAAAGUAACAGCUGCUAGCCCGCUUCACAUGCCUCCAUCGAUUUCGCCCAUCAUUCUCUCCUCUCUCGGCCGCAGCUUUCGCCUUUCUUGCCCUAUUCUUCAUCAAUCGAACACAAGGAUGAAAUCUACUGCAGGGUACCAAAGUUGCUCGAUGGACGAUGAGAAAUCGCUAUCUUUGUACAGAAAGGUGGCCUGUAUGAGAAUUUGUCUCGUCUCAGGGUUCUCGACUGAACUGCUUGAAGUAGAGUCUGAAGCGGCUACUUUGAAUGUUCUCGUUAUACCUGGGAAUCCAGGUGUUGUUUCUUUUUACAAGGAUUUUGUUGAAGCUCUCUAUGAACAGCUUGGGGGUUGUGCAUCUAUAACAGCAAUUGGGCAUGUAUCUCAGUCAAGACAGGAUAUGGCAUAUGGAAGAUUGUUCUCAUUUCAAGAGCAAAUAAAUCACAAGGUGGGUUUCAUUAAAGAACUUCAGAAUAAACAUCUUCCAAUCAUAUUGGUUGGACAUUCUAUUGGCUCGUAUAUAUGUAUUGAAAUUCUGAAGAGAUUCCCAGAGCAGGAGAUAUUUUCUAUUUUACUGUACCCAUUUUUGACUUUAAACACGAGUUCAUUGAGGCAGCGCAUGAUUGGGAUGCUUUCAAGGUCCUCCCUUUUAAGUGCAACUAUCAGCCAUAUUGUGGCCUUGUUGGGUUCAUUUCCUACACGAAUUUCAAGAGCUAUUGUAAUUAAACUUUUUGGCCCAUCAUGGUCUACAACAGCAGUUGAUGCUGCAUGCAAUUGCCUUAUGAAGUACCAUACAAUGCGCAAUGCCUUAUUCAUGGCAAAGUUUGAGUUUGAGAAGCUUUCAGAGGAGCCAGAUUGGAGAUUCCUGAAAGAAAACAAUGAACAAAUCGCAUUUCUGUUCGGCAAUGAUGAUCACUGGGGUCCGUUGUCAUUAUUUGAAGAGAUAUCAAGACAAGUGCCUGAUGCUUUACUGUCAAUAGAAAGGGAAGGCCAUACUCAUUCAUUUUCGUGCUCUGAGGCUGGUUCUGUUUGGGUUGCUCGUCAUGUAGCUAAUUUCAUCAAAAAUCGUGCUUCAAAUCGGCAAUUAUCGCAAUAAGCUUAAUGAUCUUCAUAAUGAUGGUGAUGAUGAUGAUGAUCGCAUCAUUAUCAUCAUCCAUGGAUUAAUUUAAGCUUAAUGAUCAUCAUAAUGAUGACGACGGCGAUCAUGAUGAUGAUCAGGUUUUACUUCAUCAUAUUUUCAUUGAUUCCAUUAAUAUUUGCAUUAAGAUUGGCAAUAAGUGCUUCAAUAUUUUUGUAUUGGAAUUGGUGCAUAAAAUUAUGUAUAAAAAGGCUUAUUUAACUUUUAAAAUGUAAAUAAUGAUG